GGGGUGCUCCCUCCGGCAGGGCCGUCUUGCGUUCCAUGCGCGCCGGUCAACGAUUCCAAGAUUCUCUUAUACUCCGCCGACUGCCGCACCCUUUUGAUUGCAUCAAAAGAGCGGGUUGGGAACUGCUCCGCCACGGCCUUAUUGGUUACAAUAAGGCCCAGUUCCACCAUGUUCUUCUCUACCCUCGCCAAGAGAACCUUUUCCUCGUGUACCCAGCGCGCUUUCUUCCUCUGCUCAGGCACGUGAUCUUUAUGGUAGGCCUCAGGGUGUGCGCGACGUCGAUGCUGCGAGACCCCCGCCUUGCCACGGAACUCACGACCGCAGUCCGGGCAUGGUAGGAGACCAGCACCUUCGGUCACCCUUCGAGCAGAUCGAGCGUCACUGGUAG